CCGACCCGAGCUCUGUCCAGCAAGCCUAAUGUUCGGAUCAACGAGUCGUCGAGGUUUGUCAAGGAGGAGCAGGAGGAGCUGGACGACGUCUCGCCGUUCAAGAAGCACCGCCGGGAACAGCUGCAAGAGGACCAGCAGAGCGCAGAUCCGCUAUACCCCGAGGCUUAUCCUCGUCUAGAAUCGUCGUCUAUUAGGAAGAGCGUCCCCGAGUUCCUUGAGGAAUCUCAGAAUGAGCUUUCGAGCGAGCCCGUCACCUUGUCUGGGCGGAUUCGAUCGAAGCGCGUCGUGGGAUCCCUCAUCUUCCUCGACAUCACCAACGAGUUUCAAAAAGUUCAAGUCAUGAUCAACAAGAAGAAAGUUGCUGCAGAGCAAGAGUCGCGUGCCCAUAAAUUCCGCCUUUUGAAGAACUUGAUCCAAGUUGGAGACCAUAUAUCGGUCACCGGAACUGCCACCCGUACGAGCACGGGGCAGCUGUCUUUGGAAGCCCGAGAGUUGCCUGAGCUUCUCUCCCCCUCCAUGGAGCAGAUCCCUGAGAAGCUCACGGACCCCAAGACAAAGAUGCAAGAGCGCCAUGUCGAUAUGCUGGUGAACCGCGAUGUCGUCGAUGUCUUGAGACUGCGAUCAGAGAUCAUGAAGCAGAUCCGCGACCAUUUCCACUCCAAGCGCUUCCUUGAGUUCCAGACGCCAAUCCUCGCCGAGAACGCCGGUGGUGCAGUUGCGCGUCCGUUUGUGACGCGAGCCACAGAGUUCCGAGGCAAAGAUCUGGCUCUUCGAAUCGCACCCGAACUAUGGCUGAAGCGCCUCGUUGUCGGCGGCGUAGACAAGGUCUUCGAGAUGGGCCCUGCCUUCCGAAAUGAGGGCAUCGAUGCCACUCACAACCCCGAGUUCACAAUGUGUGAAUUCUACAGCGCCUAUACAAACCUGCCCGACCUCAUCAAGGAGACGGAGGAGCUGAUAUACAGCCUCGCAAAGCGCUCCCAGGAGCUCAUCUCCACAGAGCUCACCACUCUACCACCCAUCGACCUCAGCAAGUUCGUCCGGCCCUUCAAGCAGGUGGAAUUCAUCCCGGCGCUGGAGGAAGCAAUCGGCAUCCGCCUGCCGAAGCUCACCGUGGAAGACGGCGCCCUCGCCGAGCUCCUGGCCGUACUGAAACUCUCAGGAAUUGAAGUUCCCGGAGAGGUGCCCACGUCUCUGCCGAAGCUCCUCGACCGGCUCGCCGCGACGUACCUGGAGCCCAUGUCCUUUACCGAACCAAUCUUGAUCACGCACCAUCCCGCCUGCAUGUCGCCCCUGGCCAAGAGCUUCCUCUGCCCAAAGACGUAUCAGCUCGUGUCCGCCCGCGCGGAGCUCUUCAUCGGCGGCCGGGAACUCGCCAACAUGUACGAAGAGGAGAACAACCCCGAGGAGCAGAAGCGAAAACUCGCCGUCCACCGCAGCCUCGUCAACAAGCCCGACGGCACCGUCGGAUUCGCCGAGCCGGUGGCCGCAGACGGCGACGCCGCGCAGCCGCCGGCCGAAGCCGUGGAAGAAGAGGACGAGUGGGAAGCCUCGCCGCUGGACCAGAGCUACGUCAAGGCCCUCGACUACGGCCUUCCCCCUACCGGUGGCUGGGGAUGCGGUGUCGAGCGUCUGGUGAUGCUCUUUUCGGGCGCCAAUCGCAUCAGCGACUGCUUGAGCUUUGGCACGGUGCGAAAUGUGGUUGGAUUGUCGGCUGACGAGAAGGGUGGUGAG